CUGACAUGAAUGGAGAUAUAUGGAAGAUAUAUUUUACUCUGAAAUAUAUCUUAAUGUUAUUCUAUUAUUUUGAAGUUAGCUCUGAGUUACAUCUUAUAUUUUUCCGAUUAUAUCGCCAGAACCUGAUAUAUUUUUUUCAUACCGGAAAUAGUUUUCAAUAAAACGGGAACAAGAGCAGCCGUUAAAAUCGUUCAAAACGAAACGUUUAUAGUGGACAUCGGCAAAGACUAUGUUACAGACUACUGGCCGCCUGUCCAAAGCGCUACAGCUCACCCUGGCGGUCAUCAAGCCUGAUGCUGUAGCUCAUCCUUUAAUGUCAGAGGCUCUUCAUCAGACAAUUCUGGAUAACAGCUUUGCAAUCGUCAGAUGCAAAGAUCUAGUGUGGAGAAAGCAGGAUUCAGAGAGGUUUUAUGCCGAGCAUUCAGAGCGAUUCUUCUAUCAAAGACUUGUGGAAUUUAUGUCAAGUGGCCCAAUGAGAGCUUACAUUUUAGCCCGAGAAGAUGCGAUACGUCACUGGAGGGACCUGAUGGGACCAACCAAAGUCUUCCAAGCCAGAUACACAUCCCCUACCUCCAUCAGGGCUCGCUUCGGCCUCACAGACACCAGGAACACAACUCAUGGCUCAGACUCUACAGAGUCGGCGCUGAGAGAAAUCCAUUUCUUCUUCCCAGAUUUCAACGUGGAGCAGUGGAUAGAGAAGGAAGAACCGUUCUUCAGAUCAGGACACAUUCGUUAUGACAAUGAAGAUCAGAUCCACAAACCUCUGUCACUAAGCUGACCCUAGAGCAGCCCAGCCCCAUUCUACAGUAUAACUAAAGCUUGACUGGUUUAUAUUACGGAAUGUGUACAGAUGCCGCAGAUGAGGAGUAAACCGGGUGUUUGAAAGGACUGAUUUGUUGUGAGGAAAACAGCCUGCUAGGCUUCUAUCACUUGUAAUUUUUAUCUUAGCCGGGACAUUGAGGUGUUAGAAAAAUCUAAAUCCAUUGCUCUUGACUAAAGCUGUGAGAUCUAUUGUAAAAUAUUACCUCCCAAUGGGUUUUACCUCAGUGGCCGCACUGAGGAUUAGAGUUUGACAUCAGAGAUGUGUAAAAGCCUCUUCUAAAAUACUAAACAGCUGGAUUUGUAGAGCUCAAUAAUAUAACCACCUACUUAUAAAUGUAUUAUUAUAUUUCUUUGAAGAGGAAAACUCUUCACCUGUAGCUUUCAUAAAGAAUUCUGCACUAACUCAGACAGUACAGCUGAAUCUGAUCAUUUGGGUUUUUUACAGACACUGCAGGCCCACCACUUCCCUCGGAUUUGCCAACUUUAAAUACAGCUAUUUGCACAGUUAUGUAUUCAAAUCAUGCAUCUGCAUGUCAUUCAUGGAGUCUACAGUUUUUGUAAAUUAGGGAGCACAUUCUACAUGUUGGUAUGGUAUUAAAGGCUUGAGGAAUUUGUAAUGCCGCAAACCAAAGGUUGCUGACAAAGACAAAAAAAAGGAUUCAGAGGAUUGUAACACAUCCUUCUGUGCAAGCGAGCAGAUAGCUGUACUUGUUUUAUUCUGAGCUGAAAAUUAAACCAGAUUAAAACCUGAACUGCAUCUUUAAAUAUCUCACCUUUUAAUGAUCAUGAAUAGAUAUUAGUUUGUGUGAAUUCUUAACUGUUAGGUACAUCCAUCAAUAUGUGGCGAGGGGGAGGCAGGUCCUGCAGGGACACAGAUAAGAUUGAAGAAUGUGCUCUUGUCAUGUAAGACUAGAAUUGUUUGGUGGAACAUAAACACCAAACAUCACCCCGGAGCAUCAUUGCAGAAUGCUGUGGGGAUUCAUUGUGUUUGCAGGGAUUAGGAAGCUCAGGGUUAAUAUGAAGAUGAAUGAUAGAUGGGCUGGAGGAAGAAAAGCGUUGGAGGCAGCAGAUAACUUGAGACUUAGGCGGGGUUUUGAUCUCCUGCAUAAGAAUAUCGCAAAACUGGAGAGACAAAAUGUCUCUGCCUUAGAUUGGCUCAGUCAAAGUUCAUUUCUACAAGAGCUGUACAAAAAAUGAUCACAACAAACCAUAAUUAAUUGAAACAUUUGUAAGAGAAACAUAUUUCAUUUAUACUUUAUUAAAAAGCAGAAGUCAUCAGAUAGAAAGAGAACAGUAUACAGAGUAGAGCAACACGAUGCAGUGAUCCACGUCUGUCAUUGUUUAAAAUUCAGCAACAUGAAGUAAAACAAGUCUUACCUAUUUUUU